AUGGAGAGAUUGAUGGGGAGUAGUAGUAGCAACAAAGAGAGGCUAGGGAAGAAGAGAAACCUAAUCCGCGCGGCGGUCGAAAGGUGUCGGUCGUUCGGCGGCCGUCGUAAAGCCCCGGAGAGCCCGUCCACGGGGUCGGGGCGGCGGUGGCGGUUUAGACAUUCCGUGGGCCACCGAGUGGCGCCAGGAGGCUGCGUCCCGGUGUGUGUCGGGCCGAGGCAGGAGCGUUUUCUUAUCAGGAUUGAGUGUGUGAACCACCCGCUGUUCCGGACGCUGCUGGAGGGGGCUGGCGACCCCGAGAACGCGGCUGCAGGGGGGCCGCUGGAGCUCCCGUGCGACGUCGACGCGUUCCGGCGGGUGAUGUGGGAGAUGGAGCAAGAGGAGGAUCAUGAUGAGGGCUUUGGUAAAUUGGCUUCUCCCAGAAGCAGCUUCUCUAGGGCUUGCUAUUCAAAGUACCAGCUCCUUAGCCCCCCCAGGUCUAUAGUAGUCGGCAAAAAGUGGUAA